AUGCAAAUUCGUAUUCUUGAGGAAGAAAAUCCUGAAAUCAAAAGAUCAAAUACUAGACGAGGAGCAAUUUCUGAUGAAAAGCCUUCAGAAGUCAGCCCAAAGCAUCAACUUUUUCAGUCACGCUCAAUUUCAAUCAAAGUUGAGCCACUUCCAAGUGAGCUGAGCAUCACUCUACCUGAUGAAAAUUUAAUUCAUCUUAAAAAGAAACAAAAAGUAAUUUCUGCAUUAUCAGCCUUUUUAGCUGUUAUGAUAAUGCUGUUUAGCUAUAUUUCAGCUGAAACAUAUUUUUCAAAUAACUAUUCAUUAACCAGCCAAGUCAAUUCUUACCGUUUCAUAAUCAUGAUCUCUUCAUUUAUCCAUAAUUAAAUAUGGAGUCUCAGCGCUUUGCGUCGGCUUCGCAGACUACCUUCGAGCACAUAUUUAAUUAUAUCCGGCAAGGUUUUGCCAUUCUGGAGAUGGACGGUAAUGCUAGGUAAGCAAUUCUGGCGGUGUUCAGAGCCUAGCCCUAAUUCAAUCUCAGGGAUGGUUUCUCCUCGAGGGAAGGAAGGCACGAAAGUUGGGAAGGGAAGCCCAGAGAAGCCCUCUGGACCAUUCGGGCAACUCCCUAGCGUGAAACUGGGCGUUACGUCCCUGGCUACGUUUUUCCUUUUUGCCGAUAAUCGGCCAGAAAAUCCAGUUUUAUGGAUAUUCUGUGUAGGCAACCUCGUUCGCAGCAGCCUGAAGCAGACCCGAAACCCAUAGUCUGCCCACUCAAGACUGGAGCUACCACGUUGUGCAAGGAGGAGGUGACGGCCAGGCAACCCGCAUUUCCGGCGAUCGGAAGUAGACAUUACCGCAAAGCGGAUGAAUCCCCUGGUGGGAUCCUUGAUAACCGAGUAAACAAAGCGACUCAAAUCACCCGUAAUAAGUAAGUAAGUAAGAAGAUCUCUUCAUUUAUACAAGAUGCUUUGAUUUUUUUUUACUAUUCAAAUCAUCUAGAAAUUAAAAAAGCUUAUAAAGAAGUAUGCAAAAGUACCACGAUUUUUCAAGAUCCCCACACUAAAAAGCAAAUUAUUUUAGAAUUGCUUAUCUCGGUACCUUUUAUCCCACCUUUUAUUCAGUGGAACACCAGAUUUCACCAACUUAAUACUUAUACUACUCUUUCAAUAGAUGACGUUAUUUUUAGUUACUCCUUUUUUAGGUUUACUCAUAUUAUCAAAUUUUUGUAUGAAAUUAUACCAUACAAUAGUCCAAAAGCCAAAUUUUAUUGUUCUCUUCAAAACACCAAAUUCACGAUCAGUUUUACUUUAAAGUGCAUCAACCAUGCUGCACAAUUUUGGUCUAUUCUAAUAGUAUCAUGCCUUAUAACAUUCUUGUUUGGAACUCUGCUUCGGACCUAUGAGCAAGGGGUACCUAAUACCAUGUUUGAGUAUUUUUGAAACUCGCUGUGGACUAUUUGUAUAACAGAAACAACAGUAGGAUAUGGAGACUAUGUUCCUUUAUCUCACAUAGGGAGGCUAAUUUCUGUUAUAAGUGCAGUUUACGGCUUAUUUAUGUACUCCAUGAUUAUCAUCACUGUUAACGACAAGGUAAGAUUAGAUGAUAGAGAAAUAGUCAUUUACAAAAAAAUGAAAUAUAAACAUAAAAUCGCAAAAUUUUUGAGGCCUAUCUCAACUAAAGUAAUACAGAAAUGGUGGAGACUUAUGCUGUCAAGGAUAAAAGGGAAAGUCAGUUUUCAAGAAGUUGCUAGUUUUCAUAUAGAACUAAAGCAUUUUAAAUAUAGAAAAGCUAUUUUGCAUAGCCAAGCAUCUUCAUCUUUAGAGGACCAGCUAGGCGAUGUCGCAAAAACUGCAUACUCAAAAUUAACUAUGAUGAGAAAUUAUCUAAUUCAUGCAAGAAAUUACCAACAAAUGGGAGGAAAAUUUGUAGCAAGCCAAUACUCAAAUUUGCAUAAAAUACGCUCAUUCAGAGACAAACUUGAAAAAAUGACAAAUAUAGAUUCUAGUUUAAAGAAAAACCGAACAACAACUUAUAUUCCAAGGUCUAGUCGGGUAUCUUUUGCUAGUAGUGGAGAAGCAACUCCAAAAACCCCGAAAACGACUCUUUCAAAGGCACAGAUGAAAAUGCAGGGCGAACUCGCUGUCAAAAAAAUGCUUCAAACAAGGAUGGACUCCCAUGGAUCAAGAACUAGCUUUAGCUAUGUCUCAAAUAGCGCCUCAAGAAGAAGCUCUAAUCUUUCUGUUUCGCAUUCUUCUCGUAGAAGCUCAGCAUCCCCUGGAGUAGAAUCAGGGCCAGAAUCGAUGUAUAAUUAA